UUUUGAUUUAUUGUCUCCAUAGGUCAGACUAUCCCAGCCAAAAAAUCUGCGCGUCCCUUCCUUUCCCGUGGGAUUUUUUUUUUCAACACCCUUCCCUCUUCCUGCCGUGCGAUUUUUUCUCACAUCCUUCUCCUUCUGCCCGGGAUUUCUUUUCCGAGUGCUUGUCAUCUCCCUCGUGCUCUCGAUCGGAGGAUCCCCAAAUCCGUCGACGACUGCCGCCCUCCUCUCUCUCACCUAGAAACCCGACGUCCCUGUGGAAUCGGAAACUUGGGACUCUGGUGUGCCAUCACGCUUCCAACUGAACGCCGUCUCACUUCCCAAAUGCCGAUGGCCAUUGCCGACACGCCGUCAUCGCAAUCUAUCUGACGACCAAAUCCCCCUUCUCUCCGUUUUGUUUCCCCUCAUAUUUCUAUUCUGGAUUUUUUUGACAUUGGUUCUCGUUGGUUCAUUGGGUAUCAGUAAUUAGGCCGAUUUCUUAGAUUAUAUUAAUAAUGGCAAAACGCAAGAGGACAAUUGUCAAUAUUAGUGGUACAAAAAACUCUCAAAGUCAGAAUCAAGGUUCGACUAGCCAGCCUAGAAGGAGAGGAUACACACGUAUGUCUGAGUUAUGCGAUCUAAAUGAGGGAGAGCAUGUUGUUAUCAACCUAAAUGAACUUGGACAACCAAUCGGGGUGGAAGCUACUAAUUUGUCAAAUUAUAUAGGGUCAACGGUAAGACAAUUUGAUAAUGCUCCAAUCGAUUAUGACUCUUGGCAUCAUGUACCAUCAAGCUUCAAGGAAAAGAAGAUAGCUGAACUAGAGACCAAGAAAAAUAAUGGUGUGCGACCUUCUCGUGCAAAGUUGUAUAUAGAAACUCGUACAAAGAAAGAUGGCAGUUAUGUAAACGACAAGACGGCUGAAAUUUAUGAGCUAAUGAAAGAAGGAAUGCAAGAAAUGGGAGGUUCAGAAAGUACCGAAGGACAAAGGUAUUGGAAUGAUGAUGUGUACUCCCAUGUCAAAAGGCCAGAAAAGAGAGGGAGGAUUCAUCGUGUGGGGAAAGCUCCCUCUUGUUCAAAAGAUACUUCAUCCACAUCAGUUGAGCAAGAGGGAGAGUCAACUCAUUUAAGAAACAUGGUUCAACACUUAGGGAGUGAAGUAAGUGGAUUGAAGGGGCUUGUUGCGAGCUUGAUUGCCGUUUUUCAGUCUCAAGCACAAGUAAACCCACAAAUGGCCGAGUUGAUAGAGUUAGCACAACGACAUAUCCGUAGCGAGGCAUCUGAUGCUGGUAGUACUCCAAGCCAAACUCCACAUGAAAAUAGAGAUGGUUAUUCACAUCAUGAUCAAAAUGCUACUCCUUGAAGUUGGCUUGUUGUAUUGGAAGUUCGAGAACUUGAAGUUUAACUUGUCUUAUGGAAGGACCACUUCAUAUCAUGUAUUUGAAACUUAAAUGAGACCACUAAAACUAUGUUGUUGGUGUUGGGUUAUACUUUAGUAUUGUAUUGUUGAUGGGUGUUGGAUUUUCUGGAUUACAUGAAUACUAUGACUUUUAUAUAUUAAAGCUCAAAUUGGCAGUUGAAGUCA